GCAGCCUCGGCGUGGGCACGGGUGUCCACUCCGUAUUGUCUGCAGAUUGUCACUGGCACUGGGACCCAUGAUCAAGGCACCGUGGACGUGAGCGUGGAUGUGGGCAGUGGGCUUGUGCAAGAGGCCUCUGGGUCCUUUGACCGAGGUGAAACAGUGCUCUCAAAGUGUUUUUCCAGCGCGAUCCUGGCGCUACAGAUGCACAAUCCAACAUCAAAUGGCUGGGCAGGCAGCAUGCUGUAUUCCACAGAUGGUGGCAACACCUACGUAUCUGUUGCAUGCGCAGAUUGUGUGGGGACUACAGAUUCAAGAUCCAUGGUUUUCGAUGGAAACGCCGACGGAGACAAUAUGGCUUCGACUCAGUGCCUCAAUGGCAAUGUGUGCAGCUUCAUUAUGCUGACUCUGACUCUGGCUCCAACACCGUGGUCCUGCACCUCGAUGUCUGCAAGCCAUUUCUCUUAUCAGUAUCAGUCCUAUCAAAUCAGCGACGACAUUGUCGGAUUGACAUCAAAUGCACAGAGCGCUUAUGGACGGGUUGCGGUUUCGUUCGCGGUGUCGGAGGGAUUCACCAUUCAGUUCGACAUGUUCCAGGGUGGUGGAUCGGGUGCCGACGGGUGCUGUAUGAAGUACGGUGGUUAUGACGACAAUACCUGGGAGGAUGUCUCUGCGGUGGGCCUGUCCGUCUGUUUUGACUCCCACGGGUCGGAUCGCGGCGUGAGGAUUGGGUGGAACGGAGAUAUCCUGUUUUCAGAUGGACAGGCCCCCAGCUUCGAAGAUUCCGACUGGCACAGCGUCAUUGUAGAGGUCACGCCGAUCGGCAGUGGUGCGAGUGUCGCAUUGAAUUUUGACAGCAACUCCUAUUACAAAACAGCUUGGAUCAGUAGCUACUCGCCUCCCAUUGGUAGUGGCCAGCUGACCUUCACCGCAAGAAACGGUUUGAUGACGAAUUUCCACGAGAUCAAGGAUGUCCAAGCGUGCAAUCAGGGUACUACGGGCACUACGUUUUGGACGUUAUUGGCUCGGCAAACGUAUCCGACUUUGUUCACAGAGGGCGAGUGGUCGAAAAACGCGGGAUAUCCUGAAAAUGACAAUUAUGCAAUUUUGGAUCAAAUUGAAAAUUAUCGCAGCGGCGACGGAGUGUUCACGUUCAAAUUGAGUUGGCCAGGUUCGGAAUUGCAGGACCAAAUAUGGAAUCAAUCGCUCAACCCAUAUACUUCACCAGGGCAGCAAUUAACCAGACCAGUUGCGGGCUAUGAGGAUGUGGCUGUCCACUACACUGACGCGUAUUGGGGGGGCCUGGAAAGCGUUUCUACAUACGCGCUCUUGGACGGGAGCGUGGCCGACUGGUCUUGGUGGUACGCAGUUGGCUCUUUCCAAGAACAUGAUGGUGGCAUGCCCGGCCCCAACGGAAUCGUCGUGAAUAAAGUCGAGCUCUACGUGGCAACGACCGCGUAUUCUUUGCUUAUUCCUCAACGCGGAUGUGCCGAUGGUAGUGGCACCAGGCAGAGUGGAUGGCUUACCGUCGGCAAACCCUACACUCCUGCAGCGUGCGCGAUUGAGUGCGCGACGUAUAAUUUCUUCACCAUUGCAGGGGAUGACGCCGAUUGCAAGUGCUCGGACGCCUGUGUAGACGAAAACGGUGGACACACAUCAUAUGUUUUUGUUCAGGAAUCGAGUACCACCCUGUCGGCCCUCACGACGUCGAGCUCCAGCACAUCGAGUACGACCGUGACGUCGACCACCAUGACGGCGUCCAGCACCACCGGGACAUCGGCCACCGUGACGUCGAGUUCCAGCAGUACGACCGUGACGUCGACCACCAUGACGUCGUCCAGCACCACCGGGACAUCGGCCACCGUGACGUCGAGUUCCAGCAGUACGACUGUGACGUCGGCCACCAUGACCAUGACGUCGUCCAGCACCACCAGGACAUCGGUCACCGUGACGUCGAGUUCCAGCAGUACGACUGUGACGUCGGCCACCAUGACGUCGUCCAGUACCGUGACGACUGUUUUGUAUGAUGUAUUGACGCACGGCCAAUGUGACAGGUGGAUAAUGUACAUCGAUGGUUGCACGUUGGCCGCAUACGAGCUUAACCUCAGCACCGUUCCCGCAAUCGAUGAUGAACAGAGUGGAGGGUGGAGUGAUCCGCCCUUCUGUUAUUUGGAGAACUCAAAACUCAAGUUCAACUCCGAUGGAAGCAACAAGGGUUCGUGCAGCCAGGGUGACCAGUGUAUUUGCGCCUCGGUGUCUCCGACCUACACUGCGACUUCGGAGACGACCACUACGCGCACGGGCUAUUGGCCUCCCACGCUAUCGCCGACAUUCGCCCCGACGCCAGCUCCCACAGAGCAGUGCUUCGAUCUCAAUGUGACCGAGAACGUUACAGAGUGGCCAGGGUGGCAUGAGUGGUACGAUACCGGAGGGCCCACGUACAACUGUGACUGGUAUGGGACGAUGAAUUGUCCGAGUGACUCGCCAGCGUUCAGAAACUUCGGGCAUAUCGCGCAGGAAGCAUGCUGCGCAUGCGGCGGUGGUCAAGACGAACUCAGCCAGAAGGUGUCUGUGGGCAUCACCGUGCAGGGGGUGGACUUCGUGCUCUUAUCGCAGAACGAAGAAGUCCAAGAGGCCUUCAAGGGUACUAUUCAGAUUACACUAGCCAGCGCUGCGGGCGUGAAUCCUGACAAUGUUGACGUGGAGCUUUACGCAGGCUCAGUUUUCGUUGUUGCAACUAUCCGGCUGCCGACCUUCAUCAGGCCCCAGACCUUGUCGCAGCAGUUGGGGGAUAAUUCUCGGACCAUGGCCGACAAUGUUGCCGACGAGGUGCAGUCUAUCCCGAACAUGGACAGCGUCAUCAAUGGAGAAAUUUCCGCCGUGGUCGACCAAGUCGUGGUGCUAACGAACUACAACUUCAUCGUGGUCACCGAUGGAUCCUGCCAAGAGCCCAUAACGAACGACACCCUCUGCGAGGCUGCCGCGGUGCAGCUGGGGUUGCAGCUGCCCGACACGACGCCGCUGGACGACGGUCAGAGCGGCUCUCGGACCGACCCCCCGGGCUGCUACUUGGAGGACGGGACCCUGAAGAUCAAUUCGGGUGGGGGCAACACCGGCAGCUGCGACGCGACCGACCAGUGCCUUUGCUUCCUGACGCCCACGCCCGCGCCGACGUCAAGCUCCUGCCCGAGCUCGUGCUUCGGCCUGAGCUGCGACGAGAUCACCACGUCGAUGGGCGACUCAGCCCUCUGGGGGUGCCUGGCGCUGGAGAGCACUUACUUCUGCGACUGCGCCGGCUGCAGCUGCGAGGAGUACUGCUCCGCCCACUCCUCAUGCUCCGACGGCUCAUUUUGCAAAAGUGAUGGAACGUGUGCCGCCUGCAGUCAGUGUGAGCACUGCUACAACGGCAUCGACAGCACCUGUGGCCUGUGCGGCAACACCACGAGGAACGAGAGCUGCCAGGCGGACUGCCAGGAUACGGCGGGGCGUGCUACGUUCAACGCAGGCGAAGGCAUCGGCGAGGCAGGAUGUGGCAUCUACAGCGACCUUCCAGAGUACUGCCUGCUGUCCGCGGCCGCGUACGACGACGAGGAUUUCACAGCCAGUCUGCAGUGCUGCUCCUGCGGCGGGGGCAGCAACCCGCGGGCGGACGCUGUCUGGCAUGCCUUGGGCCCAGGCACCUGCCGGAACCACGAUGCCGACUGGCAGCAGUCGGACGAGCUCGGCCCCGGCUGGGGCCUGCAGCGAGGCUUCGGCUGGCGCAUGUGCGACGGUCGGACCGACGAGGCGUGCCAGCAGGUUUGCGCGCAGACCCCCGGUUGCAGCAUGAUCUCAAACGGCUUCUGUUGCUUCCUCUUCAAAGGCUCUACGUGUGACCUUGAUGCCAGCCAGAGCGGCCAGUCUUUCUCGACGGGUGCAGCUGGCAGCGAGCUGUGCGUGGAUGGCUGCAAUGGUAAGACGACCUGCAGGUGCGGCGCUUCCAUGGAGUUGUGCACCAUGCAUGGGCUCAUGUGGUGCAGCGACGGCUCCGACGCCGUUGAUUGCGGGCUCCCGGUGACCGGCACCUGCAGCGCAUGCGAGGGGGGGUGCUCGGUCGGCGGCAGCUGCAACUGCUCGAUGGGCCCCGCUGCCUGCGAGGCUGCUGGCGGCGUCAUGUGCGAUGGCCCUGUCGACUGCAGCGUGUGUCCACGCCAGGGCAUCGACCCCGCCGCCGUCGCGCGCGAGGCCGGUGCGGCGGCGGCCGCGCUCACGUGCGGGGGCCUCCGGCAGGCUGCGGGCGAAUUCGCGCUGCCGCUGGCCUGCGCCCAGGUCCGCACGCUCUACGCGGGCGCGUGCUGCACGCCACACACCAUGGCGCUGAGCAUCCGGGUGGACAGCGGGGGCCUCACGGCCAUGGUCUCCAACGGCAGCGCCAAGUCGACGUUCGAGGACCAGGUCGAGGCCACCCUCCUCUCAGGCCGCGAGGGCCUGCGGGCUGCCGCUGGCAGCGGCGUGUGGGUGGACAGCUACGCCUACUGCAGGGAGCUUGGGCUCGUCACGGUCCUGCUUGCGGCCACAGAGGUGGACGACCUCCAGGGGGAGGAGGCACGCCUGCAGGGCUCCCUGGAUACUGUCACCAACGCCAUUGCCACGGAGGCCAGUGCCAUCCUGGAGUCCGGCAAAGUUCGUGGGGUGACGCUCGCACAGACCGACGCCCACUUCGACAUGGAGGUCCAGUGCGCACGCUUCACGAGCAUCCUCUCGAGCUGUAACGCCAUUCAGGCAUCGGCCGCCUUCGUGCAGGGCCUCCGCGACGAGUACGACGCGGGCUUCCUCAGGGCCUGCGCAGAGUGCGGGAGCCAGCGCUUCCACGACGCCGGCUGCGUCGGGGACGAGAGCUACCCCUGGCCGGCACCCGCCCCUGGGUGCUUCAAGCCCUCCCAGAGCUGCUUCGCGCGCAGGUGCGCACCCGGCACCUCCUCCUCCCGGUCGGGCAUGAUCAGCCCCAGCGGCUGCGAGGCGUGCGCCCCCGGCAGGUUUGCGGACGCCAGCGGCCAGAGCGAGUGCCUGCCGUGCGAGCGCGGCACGCACCAGAGCGCCAGCGGCGCGACGCAGUGCGAGACGUGCCCGCUGGGUCGCUUCGCGGGGGAGCCCGCCGCGGUGGAGUGCGCCCAGUGCCAGGUCGGCUUCUUCACCGCCGUGCCAGGCUCCGCCGCCUGCUCCCCGUGCCCGGACAGCUUCGUCGCGGCCCCGCCGGGCAGCGCCAACCUGAGCGUGUGCAUCUGCGAUGUGGGCUGGCGCUUCGACCCCGUGGCCCAGCGGUGUGUGACGACUGACUGCGGCGAGUAUCUCAGGUGCCCCGGUGGCUAUCCGCAGACCAGUGCGCAGCUCGACACCAGCGUGAGCGUGCUGGAGGGUUACAUGACCCUCGCGGGCGAUCCCUUCAGCGUCUACGAAUGUGUAGACAGGUCCCGGUGCUCCGGAGAUCGCCAGGUCGCGUCCGCAGAGAUGUGCAGUGCGGGGUUCGACAUCACCACGCCACGCUGCGCCCGAUGUCCCGACGGGAUGUACCUGAACGGGUCUACAAAGUGCGAGAAGUGCGAGGACGACAACAGCGUCUACUUUAAGGCUGCGGCCGCAUUCAUCAUUCAGGCCCUCACUAUACUUUACAUGUACAAGCGUUUCAACGUUCCCAACCCGUCCGGCGCCAUCACAGUCGGCGCAGCGGUUACCUUCUUGCAGACGUUGCAGGCGCUCAGCCGCCUCGACAUUGAUUGGCCCACUGCGCUUGUAGUUUUCUUCGAGCGCAUCAGCAUGUUCACGCUGCCUGGCAUUGGGCAAUUGUUCCAGUUCAACAUGGAGUGUUGGACCGGGAACAGUGUCUUCUGGGAUAUCGCGACGCAAGCCUUGUCACCGCUCGUGGUGUUCUUGGAUUUCUUGUUGCUGCAUGGCCUGUGGCUGAUCUUCUCAAAUGGCUUGAAGUUCAAUUUCGUUCACAACGUCAUUGGGCUCAUUUUCACGAAAAUGAACAUAUCCGUCACUGGACUAACCCUGUCAUUGUUCUACCGAAAGACUAUGCCGAAUGCCAAGAUAAUGGUACAGGCAUUCCCGGAGCUUGAGUUUGGAGUGGCCGAUUGGUGGUCGGUAUUGCCUCUGAACGUCCUGACGACUUUGUUUUUCGGCGUAACGAUCUUUAGUUACGUGUGCUGGAUUGUCUGGACAGCGCCGCGUAGGUCCAUGACGGUCCCAGGCUUCGGGGCGAGGUACCGGUUCUGUUUCGGCUCUGUAAGGCCAGACCGUUUUUGGUGGAUCAUUGUGCAGCUCACGUACGGCAUCCUGAUUAAUUUGACGCAGGUAGUCUUUCCCGCAAAGGAUGUAUCCUCACAGGUUUACUUUCUCCUCCUGAAGCUGAUUUUCGUUUCGAUUCUGCAGUUCCGCGUCUGGCCGUUCAAAUUCGACGACAACAAUUGGGUAGAUCUAACCUUCAAGCUGUCUCUGGUCGUGGGUCUGAUAAUGGCCACCGCAUGGGUGGACAAUUCUACGGCGGACGAACAGGACAUGAGCGAGGCGGGGAUAGUGUACUCUUGGGUCAUCAUCAUUUGUUUUGGUUGGGCCUUUGUAUUCGCCAGUUGCAACUUUAUGUGGUGGUUAUGGACAGCGUGCUGCGCGUCCGACAUGACCCAGGGGCGUUUGGCACAGACCGUGUGGAAUUUGCGGGACGUGUCUGCUGCCAUGCUGAUGCUCGAGGAUAAGGACCUCGUUGCCAGGCUCCAAACAAUCGGAGAUCACGAUAUGAACACGCUGCGCCAGGCCACGACCACUAUGAUACACGUCUUCUUCGGGAGGCAGGUAAGCCUCCACAGGAGGAGGCGGCAGCGUAUGAUCAUGGGCGGGGGCUUCAGAGCCUGGGACCACAACGCCACCGUCCUGCAACUCCUCAAAGAUGCAGAGUCGGGCCUGCUGGAGACGCACGUGCUGCAAAGCAGCCGCUUCCGGCUGAGCCUGCUGAAGCUGACGCGCGCCGCGCUCGCCAUGGACGGCCCCAAGUCUUACCGCGAUCAGUCUGAACUGCAUCCGGAAGUGCACAAAAAAUUGGUGUUGAAUCGUCGAGACACGCUUGGAAGCCGUUCUUCUUCUUCUUCGUCGUCACCCCCACGUUCUGCAGAUUUUUCACAGACAUCGCGGUCGUCGCCAAUUGUUGACAGCCCCAUGCCGUUGCUGACGAAGAACGGCUCAAGCGGCUCGUGGAGCAGCAAAGCAAUGUUGCAGGCUCUCCUGCCAAGUCUGGCAAGCCACCUUGACGCGAAGAAGGCCGCUAAGGCACUACAGUUGGGCAAAGGCGAAGUCACUCGAGAGGUGUUCGUAGACACGGUUCAGAAGAAAUUCGGCUACCUGCACUUGCCGGCCGAACACGUGAAUGCGAUGUUCAGUUGCAUGGACGCGGACAAUUCUGGCACGGUGUCGGUUUACGAGUUUACCCGCUACAUGAUGGCAAACACGCCACCCGACUUGGUCUACCACUUCACCAAGGACAUGGAACAUGCGUGGAUGGCGGCCGCCGGUCAUGGCGCCGCGGACCUCAGGGUCAGCGACCAGGCCACGCAUUCCCUCGAGCUGUUGGCCAUGGUGCACCGCAACGAAGUGGAGGUCUGGCGCAACAAGAGCCACCUGCUCAGCGAGAGUGAGCUCUCCACGAUGCCGAUCGGGGAGCUCAUCAGGGCUACAGGCCCCAGGGGCCUGGACCUCUACGACGACGCGCUGCAGUGGCGGCCCGCCGCACAGCGGUUGAUCUCGGGCGACCCGUCCCCGCGGCGGCCCGCGAGCGAUAUCCUCGAUGUAGACAGGGUGCCAGUCGCGCAGACCUCGUGGAUAUUUGCCGAGCAGAGCGCGCUGAGCAGAGGCUUCGCGAUAGACUAGGAGUCCGACGGGGCGGACUCCAGGCUCUGUAUUGCCAGACAAGGCGAGCAGAGACAGAUGCAGAACUGUUCUCACGUAUUGCUGUUGAGUACUGACUGCACCGACUGGAGCUCCUGAUACGGCUGACUUUUUCGCCGUCGCGGAAUGGCGCGUUUGCCAGCCAGCACGCUGGCAACGUGAGCUGUCCAUGAGAACCAUGGUAUUCCUGCGUUUGUGGCUAGUAAUCGUAGCUACCUCCUUCCCAUUCCGACGCGAAUUCGAACCAUUGUUUUGCAAGGCGGCGGAUGUUCUCCGAACUGAAGACGCCCUGUCGGCGUCUUGGGCGCAUCAGGUCGAGCGCGUUCCUCCAUCGGGUGUCCCGUGAUGUGCAAGAGCUCACCUUGCCUUAUCCCUCCUCCCACCCUCAUCUCUUCACGCUCCCUCCCGUCCGUGCAACGCUUCGCGAGUGGAGCGUUUGACUGGUGGGCUCUUUCCUGCUGCUGCAGUGGUAGUGGCAGCAGUAGUCGUAGAAGUAGUU